GUCGCCGGCCCCUCCCGGUGCGGACUCGGGUUGCUCGCCGACGAGCGGCGGAACCACUGGUGUCGCCCCGGGAGACUCGUCCUGGUCAAAGGAUUGCUUGUAAGUCUGCUUCAGCAAACCUUUUGAUGCCUGACCUUCCGGUACGGAUUAUAGUCAAAAUUCCUGUUUAGAAAAUGGGUCCUACAAGACGCCUCGUUACCAUCAAAAGGAGCGGGGUCGACGGCCCCCACUUUCCACUGAGCCUUCAUACCUGCUUGUUUGGAAGGGGUAUCGAGUGUGACAUUCGUAUUCAGCUUCCCGUAGUGUCCAAACAACACUGCAAAAUUGAAAUCAACGAGCAGGAGGCAAUAUUAUUUAAUUUCAGUUCCACAAAUCCAACACAAGUAAAUGGAUCUACUUUUGAUAAACCUGUACAGCUAAAACAUGGAGAUGUGAUAACUGUUGUUGAUCGGUCUUUCAGGUAUGAAAAUGAAAGUCAUCAGAAUGGAAGCAAGUCACCUGAAUUUCCAGGACAAAGAUGGGAACAGGAGCCUUUGCGUCGGGUCUCAAGAUCUAGCUUCCCUUCCACCCUUGAUGGAAACGUUCAAGAUUCCAGUGCCCGUUCAAAAUUCACAGAAGAAGCUGCUUCAGGAAGGCCUGUGGUGGGUGGGAAGAACGUCACAGGAGCUGGUAUCGUCUCAGGUGGCUCAGAAGAGCCUGUUGCUGGGAAAACACCUAACAGCGUUCAUUCCUCAGAACGUCCGGGAGGUAACGGCAGGAAUGCAACAGCUCCCACUGCUGGGGAUUCUCAAGAAGGUUCCAGAGUAACAUUCGGGAUCAGUAAUGGAGAACUGAAGGCUUUUUCCUCUAGAAAGUGUCUUAAGGGUAGUGACCAAAAUGAGUCUCCCUUUAAGAAGCUUUAUGAGUCAAUGAAGGUGGAGUUAGAUGUGAAAUCAGGAAAAGUCAAUGUUCUACAGAAUCGCAGAAAAUCAGGAUCACAGAGUCAUUGCACAACGGAAAAAGAAAGCACUGGUGGUUUACAGAGUGAGACUCUGGUCUCACCUAAAUCCAGACCCAAAUCGGGCCAAAGCCCCCAAAUUAAGGCAGACCCUGCUUCAGGAGAACGAGGAAGUAGCCAGACUGAGGGCAAGAGGAGUGAUGAGGAGGCAUUUCAGACCCCCAAGGAGACCAGGAGUCCCAGCAGCCUCUGCACAGAGAUAGAGACACUGAAAACCACGACCCCCACACGAGAUUCACAACCAAGUCCCUCACGGAGUGGGCGGAGUGAAGACCUGAGUGUUGUCAAUGGUGGUGCAUCCCUGAACCUAGAUCAAAGUGAAGGCUCCAGGGCAGAUAAUAAAACGUUUCCUCCUCGGAAGUUCUUACCUAGAAUUCAAACGCCCAUUAAAGUUGAGAGUUUGGGAAAUACACCAGAAAAACUUUGCCCCAGAAAGAGGAAGAGGAUUCCUACAAAUGUUGACGAUCUGACAACAGAAACAGAGAUUCUGCAUCAGACAAUUUCAGCUCCAUUGUUCCCUCAAGUUGAAAGGAAGAUUCAAAGCGAUUUUCUCAACAAGCCUGAGAAGCUGGGCGUGGCAGCUGAUCCGGUGUGCCCUGGGUUACCCGGUCUUAGCUCGGCUGACGGCAGCAGCUUCGACGAUUCCACGAAUAAGAUGGAUGGGGUGUCCCUGAAGAGGAGGCGGGUCUCCUUUGGUGGUUGCCUGAGACCUGAAUUAUUCGAUGAAAACUUACCUCCUAACACACCUCUCAAAAGAGGAGAGACACCAAAGCAAAGACGGUCUCUGGUCACCCACACGCCAACCGUCCUGAAGAAAAUCAUCAAGGAGCAGCCUCAGCCAGGAGGGAAAGAAGAGUCUUCAGAAGUCUGUCUGGAAGCGACUGCACAGAAUGCGUUUGUGAGGCCUCCAGCUCCUAACGCUGCUCCCGCUUCUCCAGAUGCACCCGACCGAUGCCGUAGCUCAUCCAAGGCGUCUUCCAUCUCCAGCGACGGCACAUCUCCACAUCAGACAGAUAUUCCCAAGAGAGGAGGGAGAAAAAGUGGCAACCUGCCCUCCAAGAGAGCUUCUGUGGAUCGAAGCCAGCAUGGCAUCUUACAGAUGAUUUGUUCCAAGAGAAGGAGUGGCGCUUCUGAGGCCAACUUAGUUGUGGCAAAAUCGUGGGCAGACGUGGUAAAACUUGGUACCAAGCAGACCCAGACCAAAGGUGUUAAACGUGGCCCUCCAAGACCCCUGAGCAAAAGGCAAAGGAGAACCAGUACUCCGAAGAAGCUGACUGGCAUCGUUCACAAUCAAUUUAGCACAGGCCACGCAAACUCUCCCUGUACCAUAAUAAUAGGGAAAGCUCACGUCGAGAAAGUGAACGGGCCGGCUCGGCCCUACCGGAUGCUGAGCAACUUCGUGGUCAACAAACCAAUGGACUUUAGUGAAGAUCUUUCAGGGCUGCCUGAAAUGUUCAAGACUCCAGUGAAAGAGAAACCACAAAGGAUGAGCCUGUGUCCCUCCACUUUUUCAAAUUCAGAGGAUUUGCUUGGAAAAGAACUUCCAGUACCUCAUUCAGGAGAAAAACCUCUGCUGUGCGCUUCAGAAAAUUCUGGACAGAAUGUGUCUCCCAGGACUCAAGAUGCACCAGAAGAGCUGUCUGAUCAAAGUUCUGCGAGCCCUGCCUUAAGACGCCGGUGUAUUAACAUAAGUGAAAGGAUUAUGAAAACUCCUAGGAACGUGUAUAAAACCACAGGUGCUGAGAUGAAAACCCCAGCGUCUGAGGCAAGGAUACCAAAGACAACGUCGAGUGCAAACAAGUGUGGAAGGUCCGUGGGGCUCAGACGCUCACAGACACCAGGUGUAGAGCGUAAACACCAAGGCCCCAAACCUGACGCUCUUGGGAACACCUUGGGAAGAUGUCUGAGGAAAGCACCACAACCAGAGCAGAAGCUGGAGGGAGACGUGAGGGAAAGUGAAACAUGGACAGAACACAUGGAAUCAAAAGAAAAUUCCAAAAAGAUGGUAGCUGUGAGGAGAUCAAGAAGAGCUUCAGAGCUGCAGUGUGAACUAGCAGCAGACCUGACCGCCCUCGAGAGCUUUCAGAAGACACAGGCUGAGGAAGACCAGGUGGACAUCCCAAGUCUCCUACAGACCCCAGCUCAUGCCAAGGAAGCAGUGGAUGCAGAGAACAAAGCCACAAAAACGCUCUGUAAAUCGCCCAGAUCAGGAACAGUCGGCACGCCCACCAGGACAAACACACAGCUCAAGACACCUUCCUGGAAAGUGGAUGUAGAAGAUGCCUCAGCCCUCGGAAAACUCACACAGACACCAGGGAAAACUAUGCCCGUGCACAGAGAACCAGGUGAUGAUAAAAGCAUCAAAUUGUUUCAGGAAACUCCAAAGCAGAAACUGGACCCUGCAGAAAAUGUAGCUGGAAGUAAGAGGCGGCCAAGGACACCCAAGGGAAAGGCCCCACCUCUGGAAGACCUGGCUGGCUUCAAAGAGCUCUUCCAAACCCCAGAUCAUGCCAAUGAACCCAUGAUUGAUGAAAAAAAACCCAAAAUGCUCUGCCAAUCUCCACAACCAGAACCAGUCAACACACCAAAUAGAAAGGGACAUCUCAAGACACCUUCCCAGAAAGUGGAUGUACAGGUAGAUGUCUCAGCUCUCAGGAAGCCUCAACAAACACCAGGGGAAACCACACACUCACACAGAGAACCAGAGGGUGGUGACAGAGGCAUUGCAGUGUCUCAGGAAAGGCCAGAAGAGAAACUGGACCCUGCAGAAAAUGUAACUGGAAGCAAGAGGCGGCCAAGAACACCCAGGAAAACGGCCCCACCCCUGGAAGACCUGGCUGGCUUCAAAGAGCUCUUCCAAACCCCAGAUCAUGCAAAGCAACCAAUGACUGAUGACAAACCUACCACAGUACCCUACAAAUCUCCACCAGCAGAAGCAGUCAACAUGCCAACAAGUAGCAAGAGAUGCCUCAAGACACCUUCCCAGAAAGUGGCUGUGCAGGAAGAUGUGUCAGCUCUCAGGAAGCCCACACACUCACACAGAGAACCAGAGGUUGGUGACAGAGGCAUUGCAGUGUCUCAGGAAGCUCCAGGAGAAAUGCUGGGCCCUGCAGAAAAUGUAAUUGGAAGCAAGAGGCGGCCAAGAACACCCAAGGAAAAGGCCCCAGCCCUGGAAGACCUGGUUGGCUUCAAAGAGCUCUUCCAAACACCAAAUCACACAGUGGAACCAAUGAGUGCUGACAAAAGCUUCAAAAUGCUCUGCCAGUCUCCACAACUAGAACCAAUCAACACACCAAGUAGAAAGGGACAUCUCAACACACCUUCCCAGAAAGUGGCUGUGCAGGAAGGUGUCUCGGCUCUCAGGAAGCCCACACACUCACAGAGAGAGCCAAAGGGUGGUGACAGAGGCAUUGCAGUGUCUCAGGAAGCUCCAGAAGAAAAGCUGGACUCAUCAGAAAAUGUAACUAGAAGCAAGAGGCAGCCAAGAACACCCAAGGAAAAGGCCCCACCCCUGGAAGACCUGGCUGGCUUCAAAGAGCUUUUCCAAACUCCACAUCAAGCCAAGGAACCAAUGACUGAGGACAGAACCCCCAAAAUGCUCUGCCAAUCUCCACCACCAGAACCAGUUGUUACAUCAACCAGCAUGACCAGACGUCUCAAGACACCUUCCCAGAAAGUGGCUGUGCAGGAAGACCUCUCAGCACUUAGGAAGCCCACACACUCACACAGAGAACCAGAGGGUGGUGACAGAGGCAUUGCAGUGUCUCAGGAAACUCCAGAAGAAAAGCUGGACCCUGCAGAAAAUGUAAUUGGAAGCAAGAGGCGGCCAAGAACACCCAAUGAAAAGGCCCCAGCCCUGGAAGACCUGGUUGGCUUCAAAGAGCUCUUCCAAACACCAAAUCACACAGUGGAACCAAUGAGUGCUGACAAAAGCUUCAAAAUGCUCUGCCAGUCUCCACAACUAGAACCAAUCAACACACCAAGUAGAAAGGGACAUCUCAACACACCUUCCCAGAAAGUGGCUGUGCAGGAAGGUGUCUCGGCUCUCAGGAAGCCCACACACUCACAGAGAGAGCCAAAGGGUGGUGACAGAGGCAUUGCAGUGUCUCAGGAAGCUCCAGAAGAAAAGCUGGACUCAUCAGAAAAUGUAACUAGAAGCAAGAGGCAGCCAAGAACACCCAAGGAAAAGGCCCCACCCCUGGAAGACCUGGCUGGCUUCAAAGAGCUUUUCCAAACUCCACAUCAAGCCAAGGAACCAAUGACUGAGGACAGAACCCCCAAAAUGCUCUGCCAAUCUCCACCACCAGAACCAGUUGUUACAUCAACCAGCAUGACCAGACGUCUCAAGACACCUUCCCAGAAAGUGGCUGUGCAGGAAGACCUCUCAGCACUUAGGAAGCCCACACACUCACACAGAGAACCAGAGGGUGGUGACAGGGGCAUUGCAGUGUCUCAGGAAACUCCAGAAGAAAAGCUGGACCCUGCAGAAAAUGUAACUGGAAGCAAGAGGCAGCUAAGAACACCCAAGGAAAAGGCCCCACCCCUGGAAGACCUGGCUGGCUUCAAAGAGCUUUUCCAAACCCCAGAUCAUGCAGAGGAACAAAUGACUAAUGAGAAAACCACCACAAUACCCUAUAAAUCUCCAGCAGUAGAACCAGUCACCAGGCAAACAGGUAGAAAGAGACGGCUCAGGUCACCACGAGGGAAAGUGGAUGUAGAAGAGCCCUCAGCGCCCAGGAAGCCCACACAGACACCAGGGGGAGCCAGGCACUCAGACAGAGAACGAGUGGAUGAUGAUAAAAGCAUCAAAUUAUCUAAGGAAACUCUAAAGCAGAAACUGGACUCAGCAGAAAAUGUAAAUGGAAGCAAGAGGCCGCCAAGAACACCCAAGGAAAAGGUCCAAUCUCUAGAAGACUUGGCAGGUUUCAAAGAGCUCUUCCAAACCCCAGAUCAUGCCAAGGAACCAAGGGCUGUUGUCAAAACUCCCAAAACGCUCUGCAUGUCCUCCCAACCACAGCUAAUUGUCACACCAACCAAUACGAAGAGAUGGCUCAAGACACCUCUGGGGAAAGCAGAUAUAGAGACAGAGCUCUCAGCAUGCAGAAUGACACAGUCACCAGGGGAAACUAGGCACUCAGAGGGAGAACCAGUAGAUGAUGAUAAAAGCAUCAAAUCGUUUCAGGAAACUCCACAUCAGAAACUGAACUCAUCAGAAAACGUAAGUGGAAGUAAGAGGCGGCCAAGGACACCCAAGAAAAAUGUCCCACCGCUGGAAGACCUGGCUGGCUUCAAAGAGCUCUUCCAAACCCCAGAUCGUGCCAAGGAACCAACGACUGGUGACAGACCCACCAACAUACCUUGUCAAUCUCCACAACCAGAACCAGUCAACACACCAAAUAGAAAGGGACGUCUCAAGACACCUUCCCAGAAAGUGGAUGUACAGGUAGAUGUCUCAGCUCUCAGGAAGCCUCAACAAACACCAGGGGAAACCACCCACUCACACAGAGAACCAGAGGGUGGUGACAGAGGCAUUGCAGUGUCUCAGGAAGCUCCAGGAGAGAAGCUGGACCCUGCAGAAAAUGUAACUGGAAGCAAGAGGCGGCCAAGGACACCCAAGGAAAAGGCCCCACCCCUGGAAGACCUGGCUGGCUUCAAAGAGCUUUUCCAAACCCCAGAUCAUGCAGAGGAAAAAAUGACUAAUGAGAAAACCACCACAAGACCCUAUAGAUCUCCAGCAGUAGAACCAGUCACCAGGCGAACAGGUAGAAAGAGAAGGCUCAAGUCACCACCAGGGAAAGUGGAUGUAGAAGAGCCCUCAGCGCCCAGAAAGCCCACACAGACACCAGAGGAUAUGCAGAGAGAGCCUGUAUGUGAUGAAAAAGACAGGAAAGCAUUUAAGGAAAAUUCAAGGCAGAAAUUGGUCUCGGCAGAAAAUGUAAUUGGCAUCAAGAGUCGGCUAAGAACAUUGAAGGGAAAGGCUCAACCUGUGGAAGACUCGUGCAGUUUCAACAAGCUCUUCCAAAAACCAGGUCGGGCCAAGAAACCAGUGAGCGAUGUUAAAAUCGCUCCAGUGCCCUGCCAAUCUCCACCAGCUGAACCAGUCACUAGGCCAGCAAGUAGAAAGAGGCGACUCAAGUCACCGCCAGAGAAAGUGGGUGUAGAAGAGCCCUCAGCGCCCAGGAAACCCACACAGACUCCAGGGGAUAUGCAGAGAGAGCCUGUAUGUGAUGAAAAAGACAGCAAAGUGAUUAAGGAAACUUCAAGGCAGAAACUCAACCCUGCAGAAAAUGUAAUGGGCAUCAAGAGUCGGCUAAGAACAUUUAAGGAAAAGACCCAGCCUGUGGAAGACUCAUGCAGUUUCAAGGAGCUCUUCCAAAAGCCGGAUCAGGCCAAAGAACCGGUGAGUGAUGUGAAAAUCACUGCAGUGCCCUGCCAAUCUCCACCAGCCGAACGAGUCACCAGGUCAGCAAGUAGACAGAGGCGGCUCAAGUCACCACUGGGAAAAGUAGACCUAGAAGAGCUCUCAGUACUCAGAGAGCCCAUCCAAACAGCAGGGGAAACCAUGCACAGAGAAUCAGUAGGUGAUGAGAACAAUAUCAAUGUGUUUAAGGAAACUUCAAGGCAGAACCUGGACUCAGCAGAAAAUGUAAUUUGUGUCAAGAGUCGGCUAAGAACAUUUAAGGAAAAGGCCCAACCCCUGGAAGAUCCGGCCAGUUUCAAAGAGCUCUUCCAAAAGCCAGAUCAGGCCAAGGAACUGGGAAGCAUUGCUUCUGGAGUUAAGAGAGCCCCAAAGCAAACAGCAGACAGAAGACCUGUAGAAAUAUCCCGAAGAGUCCUCAGGGCCCCUAAAGUAAGGUUCAUGGGAGACCUUGUGGGCAGCAGAGACCCUGUAAAAUCACCAGGUGAAAGCUGCAUCUCCCCGUCCCCCAAGAGGAAACUGGAAGAAGAUGCAAGGGUUGUGGGCAGGAAGAGGCUAUGCCCCACGAUGGCUGCACAGGACCCUGAGGAAGAGAAGCCCCUCCAGAAGAAGCAGAGGACAGCCCCCAGGGAGAGACGGGAGCCCCCCAAACCCUCGGGAGUGAAGAAGAGAAGUCUGAGGAUUUUGGCACAAAGGACUAAUCCUGUGGGACACCCGCCCACCAGUGACACGAAGACUGAAGCUACGGAUCCACAAGGAGAAGACGCACAUGCUCCAAAUAAGGGAAUAUCCCUGCGUACCAGGCACCCCACUAAAACCAAUAUAGAGGAGCAAAGACCUGGGUCUCUUAUAUCAGCAGGAAAGAUGAAAAUAAAGAGAAGUGAAAAGAAGUCCAUGAAGACCUCCCAAGAGAUGAAGCUACAAAGCCCAAAAGAUGGAGCCGAGAAUCCUACCUCUGGGGGCAAAGUUCAAGAGAGAAGGAGGCACUUGAGAUCUGGGAAGGAGAAUCAGAAGCCUUUGCCUGAUGCAGCAGAGGAGACAGCAAGGCAGGAAAGGGUGGAAAUCCCCGUGAAGAAGCAGGAAGAGAAAGAAGUAAUGGAAUAUUCAGACUUCAAGGGUCUGAGAUCCAGAAAGAUUACUCUCCGCCCUCGAGGAAAGCCUUCUGAGAGUGAAUCCGAGCAGAGAGUAACCCGGGGUGCCAGGAGAUGUGCCAACAGCCUUCAAAAGGAAAAUGACAAUGUGGGUGUCAAGAAAAUAAGAACCAGAAGUCAUCGAGACAGUGAAGAUAAAUAGCCAAGAAGUUUAAAAGGGAAAAACAUGUAAAGAAUGUAGUUUAGCGAUAAGUUGUAGUACAAUAUUUGCCGUAAAUUUUAAAGUGAAUUCUGUAAAUAAUGCUGUCUGGAGGGGAGGGCAGGUUGAAGGGAAGAAAGCUUGGAAUUUUCCAACUCUGAAUAGUUUAUUCCAAACCCCCAUACGGAGGUUAUGAAGGCGACUGCUGGGUCUCCUAAACUGAAAAAAAAUUUAAAACUU